UGAUGUACUGUAUAGGCCCUGUUCUGUGUAGUAAGCCACAUUUGGAACACCUGAGAAUUACCAGUAAGUGGCGUGCUUGAGCAACAGGUGGUGAUGUUCUAAGAAGGGAGAAGGUGAAGGUAGGAAGGUAUGCAGUGAUGUCAGGUGUCUGCCAGCUGGACGAUGAGACAGUGUAAUUGCACAACGCAUUCUCAGGGAUUUAUAGUUAAUUAACAGAUUUGUUUAUUUUUAGAUAGAACAGGGAGAGCUGAAUAUACAGUUAUGGACAAACUUAGAGCGGUUCUGGGUGGUCGUGAUGGAAACAGUGACAACCGAAAUAUACUGCAGGCGGCGAAUGAAGCGUCCACGCUGGGAUGGGGCACGCGCGUGAAGGGAUUUAUCGCCUGUAUGGUUAUCGGAGUAGUGUGCACUAUCCUGGGAGUGUGUUGCCUGUUUAUUCCCAAAGUAGGUUUGAUUCUCUUCAUUGUCUUUUACACAUUUGGGAACGUAUGUUCCUUAGUAAGCACCAUGUUUUUGAUGGGGCCGAUGAAACAGCUAAAACGCAUGUGUGACAAGACCAGAGCCUUUGCUACAGUUGUUAUGAUAACAUGUUUGGUUCUCACACUCUGUGCAGCUUUUUGGUGGAAGAUCUUUGGACUCACUUUGCUGUUUGUCAUUCUACAAGUUCUUGCAUUUGCAUGGUAUAGCCUCUCAUACAUUCCAUUUGCAAGAGAUGCCAUCCUGAAGUUUUUCUCCAUGCUCUGUUCUAUGUGUAUGAAAUAAAUAGUCAAGGCUUGGCCUUUCAUCACCCAAGGACCCUCUGCUCAAAUACUUGGUGGUUUGGGAUCCACCAAUUAUCAUUGACAGAAUGGCUCAGCGGGACUCUGCUACUGUAGUUAUUGCUAGUUGGACAUUUUGCUGGAUCACAGGGUGGUCAGAGUAAAAUUCCAAACAUGAAGAAUAAGUUUACAACUUUUUUUUUUAUGCGUUUUAUUUUAAAUAUGAUGUAUACAGUUUUGGUAAGGUUAUAAGAAACUUUAAAGGGACAUUCAUAUAAGUACAGUUGAAGUCAGAAGUUUACAUACACUUAGGUUGAAGUCAUUAAAACUCAUUUUUUAACCACUCCACAGAUUUCAUAUUAGCAAACUAUAGUUUUGGCAAGUCGUUUAGGACAUCAACUUUGUGCAUGACACAAGUAAUUUUUCCAACAAUUGUUUACAGACAGAUUGUUUCACUUUUAUUUGACUAUUUCACAAUUCCAGUGGGUCAGAAGUUUACAUACACUAAGUUAACUGUACCUUUAAGCAGCUUGGAAAAUUCCUGAAAAUUAUGUCAAGCCUUAAGGCAAUUAGCUUCUGAUAGGCUAAUUGGAGUCAACUGGAGGUGUACCUGUGGAUGUAUUUUAAGGCCUACCUUCAAACUCAGUGCCUCUUUGCUGACAUCAUGGGAAAAUCAAAAGAAAUCAGGCAAGACCUCAGAAAAAAAAAUUGUGGACCUCCACAAGUCUGGCUCAUCCUUGGGAGCAAUUUCCAAAUGCCUGAAGGUACCACGUUCAUCUGUACAAACAAUAGUACACAAGUAUAAACACCAUGGGAGCACACAGCCACCAUACCAGUCAGGAAGGAGAUGCAUUCUGUCUCCUAGAUAUUAACGUAGUUUGGUGCGAAAAGUGCAAAUCAAUCCCAGAACAACAGCAAAGGACCUUGUGAAGAUGCUGGAGGAAACAAGCAGACAAGUAUCUAUAACCACAGUAAAACGAAUCCUGUAUCGACAUAAACUAAAAGGCUGCUCAGCAAGGAAGAAGCCACUGCUCCAAAACAGCCAUAAAAAAAGCCAGACUACAGUUUGCAAGUGCACGUGGGGACAAAGAUCUUCUUACUUUUUGGAGAAAUGUCCUCUGGUCUAAUGAAACAAAAAUUGUACUGUCUGGCCAUAAUGACCAUUGUUAUGUUUGGAGGAAAAAGGGUGAGGCUUGCGAGCCGCAGAACACCAUCCUAGCCGUGAAGCAUGGGGGUAGUAGCAUCAUGUUGUGGGGGUGCUUUGCUGCAGGAUGGACUGGUACACUUCACAAAAUAGAUGGCAACAUGAGGAAGGAAAAUUAUGUGGAUAUACUGAAGCAACAUCUCAAGACAUCAGCCAGGAAGUUAAAGCUCGGUCACAAAUGGGUCUUCCAAAUAGACAAUGACCCCAAGAAUACCUCCAAAGUUGUGGGAAAAUAGCUUAAGGCUUAAAGUCAAGGUAUUGGAGUGGCCAUCAUAAAGCCUUGAUCUCAAUCCGAUAGAAAAUUUGCGGGCAGAACUGAAAAAGCAUGUGCGAGCAAGGAGGCCUACAAUCCAGGCUCAAUUACACCAGUUCUGACUGGAGGAAUGGGCCAAAAUUCCAGCAACUUAUUGUGAGAAGCUUGUGGAAGGCUACCCAAAAUGUUUGAACUAAGUUAAACAAAUUAAAGGCAAUACUACCAAAUAUUAACAAAGUGUAUGUAAACUUCUGACCAAGUGGGAACAUGAUGAAAGAAAUAAAAGCUGAAAUAAAUCAUUCUCUCUACUAUUAUUCUGACAUUUCACAUUCUUCAAAUAAUUAAGUGAUCCUAACUAACCUAAGACUGGUGAUGUUUUCUAUGAUUAAUUGUCAGGAAUUGUGAGUUUAAAUGUAUUUGGCUAAGGUGUAUGUAAACUUCUGACUUCGACUGUAAAUAUAUUUGGGGGUGAUUUGUGAAUGUUGCUCUGCUGUCUUGAACCAUGUUUCUCUUUUGUCUAAUAUUUGUAUAAAGAUAACAUACCCUGUAAAUAAAGUCUAGUUUUAU